GAUAAAGACUCAGAAGCAUUACUGAAUAUUCAAGACAAAGAGUUUAAAGAACUAUUAACAUAUAAUAGUGCAGAAGAUUUCUCUGAUGUAAAUAGUACAUCUGAUAAGGUUGCGGAUACAGAAGCAGAUAUAGAAGAGGAUGCGAAACUUUUUGUUGGCAAAGUUUUUCAAAAUUGGAAUUAUGCUUCAAAAAUUAUGAAAAAGGCACAGUCCACUUUUCGUAAUGAAGGCGAAAAUUUAAUGUUGAAGCAGCUUUUCGGAAGUGCAAACCUUUCAUUAUAUGAAUUAUUUGAUGCAAUAGAGGAAAGAUACCAAGAAGAAAGUGACUAUUGCGAGUUUAUAAACUGA